AUGGCUUGGGAUCCUGCCCAAGUGAAGCCCUCGGCGCUUCUCUGGACCUACGAAUUGCAACGCGAGCAGGAGGCCUUGACCCAGCAUAUGAAACAGGCAAAAGAUCAGAUUGAGAAAACCGAGGACCUUGUCGGUCACCUUUCAACCUGCCUGAAAGAUCUUACGGUUAUUGUCGCUUCGAUUGCCACGUCCCUCAACGACCAAACACCCCAGGGCCAACAGCGCCUGCGUCGCCUUCAAACCGAGCUCAAUGAGAUCGUCCUCCCCGUAUACGACAGAGCCAAAACAAUCGUCAAUCGGAACGAGAUCUUACUUGCUACAAUCGCCAAGCUCCGAGGUCUACACAACACCGCGAACUUCGGCACCACUAUCACUGCACCGAAGGCACCACCCGGUCUGGAGCCCACUUCACCGAAGACCUCAGCCAUUCCCGAACCCACUACACCAGAAGAACUACUCGGUCCCACUGGACGGAAGGCAUGGCCAAAACCCAAGCCCGAUCCAAAUAAAGAGUUCGCAUCGUCCCCAAUAACCCAAGUUCUUCUCGACCUCUCACGUUCCGGCACCGACCCAAGCAAAUACAAAGACGCCGAAGCCGUUCGCAUCGAAAAGCACGCAAUCGCCAAUAUUCUAAGUAGGGAAACCUUUGAUAGGAACGUGAAGAAGUUUAUUCACCAGAGGAACCGCCCAAUCAGUGAAUACUUUGACGAAGCCCACGAAUUUCGACGCCGGUGGUCGAUCGCCGUAUACGGCAACGGGCCUACAAAAGAUACCAACGAUGCUCUCAUGAUUAGUUCCUUCAUCGCCGGUCUGGACAGUCCUCUCUACCGACGACGAUUCAAACACUGGCUGCGCAAGGAACACUGGACAUGGAAUUUUGUAUGUCACUUUACGCAGAUAUUGGUCAUGGAGGAGGAGUAUAUGGCUAAGCAGGAGUAUGCGAUGGAUCAUCAGCUUGAGGAUGGGUCUGUGCUUUUUCCGGAUGGGGAGAGGUGUUACCGGUUUAGUUAUUUGCCGCCCAUUACGGAUGAGGAUCUUACUUCGAGUGACAUUUAUGAUGAUUGA